AAUAAAAUUCUAUGAAAUCAACUGCCGGGUUUGUUUCUUUUUAUUGUUAAUUGUUUGUGUAAUAAAUUUUUUAGCAGUUUUAGUAAUUAAUAGUUUUCUGAUAAAAAUUGACUAUAAAUCGUAUACUUUUAGAUUUUAGAAAUCAACUGUUUCGAGAAAUGCUCGUUUUAUUUUGUUGGAGGAAUAGUAUUUUUAUUUAAUUAAUAUUAAAAUUAAAAUUUUUAAAACCCGUAUUAAAAUGCAAAGUAGUACGUUGCACGUUGAAAGACUUGCCUUGACGCCUUGACAACUAAACUAAAGUCCAACAAGAGCAACGGCCUGAAAGGUAAAAGGAGAGAAUGGCGACGACGACGAGAAGGGCAAAGGCGAUGUCCACGGAUGGGAGAAGGCAAGUGGGCCCUCAGCAUGUUCAAACUGACACACAAUUAUUCCCCAAACUCGACCUAUUUCCUUCGACGGAGAGAUUGUACAAAGAUGUUCGUAGUUCUUGGUUGACUUCCCCGAGGAAUCACAUGGCUCAUCCGUCCGACGAGGAAAAAUGUCGCUACUUUAUGUGGGUCAGUGAACGUACUCGUGAGGGGAGAUCAAUUUCAACACGAUCACUUCCUUCUGGACGUCAUCUGUCCUUCUCAGAGUUUGACAAAUUUGAAUUAGCUACGCGUUUAAACCUAACCAUAGAAGGGAAGCGAAUACAAAUCCCUAAACGUACGCGACCUACUGCACGACGGCUAAAAAAACAUUAUGUGUUCCCUGCCAAAUUCCAACUACCCAUUGGCCCCGCUGCUACUACUUCAUCGACACGAUCAAUAAGUGUACCGCUAGAGACAAAUAAGGAAGACAAGGGUGCUACUGAUCAACCGAAUAAUACAAGCCCAUCCUGUCAACUUACAACAACCGUUGGAUGGUCAGACGCUCAAAGAGACAUGGCUUCUCGAAGUUGUCUCGGCAUUGCGAAGCCUGUGAUGAAUCACCUUGCUUCCAACCCCCAUGUGGAGGUGAUGGGGGUGAGAAGAAUUCAACCGUGGCCAUUGAAUGCUUUUAUUUACAAACGUUUUCCCAUUUUUGAAGAUGACAAAUUGGCUGAAUUGUACGCAGCUCGUCGUUGCGAGAUGAGAAAAUUUUAUUCGACUACUCUACGUGGAAAGGGAAAGUUUCCUCUGUCACUGUUGGAGCCAGGGGUUUAUGUCGUAUACCAGAACAGUCAAGUUUGUCUGAGCGACGAUAAGGACCAUAUGUACGAAAGAGCUAAGGUUCUCACUAUCAUUACAGCAAAAGAACAUCCAGUUACCCCAGAAACCUGUUUCGUACGUCUUUACCUGCUGGAUCAGGGUACCGUAAUUUUAGCGAGGCCAUACCAGCUAUAUUUUCUAUUCGAAGAGUUUAAUUAUCCUCCCAGGGCCCUCUAUUUUACUCUACUCGGAAUUCAUAACAGUUUCUACAUGUUCAAUGCACAGUUUGAGGGCCUACUUUCCCCGUAUUCUGCGAUCUGGUCAGGCCCUCUUAUCGUUCACAACCUACCAGAAAAUUUAGGAUGCAUCAUAUUCUCUCCGCUGAUCACCAUACAGGACUUUCGGUUUGGAAUCGCAGAAUACAUUUUACGGCGUCUUGCUGUAGAGCUCUAUUUCCACCAGGAGAAGAAUGAUCUUUUAAUGGGAGAAAUUGUCUAUAACGAAAAGAAUUGCGACUUGUGGUUUCAAAUAAAAUCACCCUUUUCCUCCCAUCGAAAACAGAUUCACGAAGUUACGAGAGAUUUUUGGAAACAAGAAAGUGCGGAGCCAUACUUGGAGAAAGGGACCAUCGUCAUGGCUCCCCAUGAAGAAGUUCUGUAUCGGGCCAGGGUGGAAAGAAUAGUGCCAGAGACUCAAGAGGUUCAUGUUUUUUUCUUGGACUAUGGGAAUAAAGCUAUCGUUCCAAUCCAGAAUGUGAGCUUGGCUAGAAAUUUUCACCCUGUGUAUGAAUUUCUGCCCCAAACGGUGUUACCAAUUAAAUUAGCCAACUUACCUCCCGAGAUCGAAUCUACUGAGGUUAUGGGAGUCCUUUUCAAGUUUAUUAGAGGAUUAAAACACCAUUAUGCGAAGAUAGUAGACAAAGAUGCAAACGGUGCCCUCACUGUGCAGAUCGUAAAACCGCAGCAUAGAAAGACAUGUCAUCGUAAUUUGUUUGACCUUUCUUUGCCUCAUUUUGCUCUGGAUUGGACAGAUACUGAUAGUUUAGCUACGGGAAAAGCUGUCAAGGCAGGCUCACUACGUGACUGUUCUGAAGAACUUGAUCACAUUCCACACCCUUUCUCCUACUUUACAAGGUUUGACUGUAUGGAACCCUACCUUAGCCCCCCCGGUAUGCAAAUUCGCAUGAUGCAACCACUCUUUCUUCGUCCACAAAAUAUGACCUGGUUUUAUAUUACAAAUUUCGACAGUUCUAAGGAAAUUGUCAUGGCACGCCCAGCUGCUCUUCAUCCCGAAUUAAUGAGACUGGAACAUAAUCUUGAUUUAUGCUACUACAAAAUCCUGGACGCGAUGUCAGAUUUUAAUGUCGAAAAAAUUUGGGAACCUGGACUAAAUUGCAGCGUAAAAUCAAAAACUCUCAAAAAAGUUGUACGUGCUCAAGUUAUCGGCACUGACGGGGAAGAAAAGCUAAAUGUGGUCCUUGUGGACUACGGAAUCCGAGAGUCAUGCUACAUGAUCAGUCUUGCGUUCUUGACAUGGGAACAGGGUCAACUUCCUGCUUGUGGAUUCGAAGGGACAUUGAAAAUAAAUUCUAGGACUGAUAUGGCCUUCCUGAAGGAAAUUGAAAUGCACGAAAACUUUCUCAAGAAGAAUGUGCUUGUAAGAGGAAAAGUAAACCAAGUCGUCAUAGGAGAAAAUUUACCAAUUUGUAAUAUUGAAGUUCAAGAGUUUACUUACACGUCCCCAGAGAUGUGUACCCGAGACUUCUUAAAUAAUCUUGAAGGUCACUAUAGUCAUACACAAUACUCGUCUGGAAUCUCUUUUAGUUGACAUCUUUAAAAGUUAAUUAAGUACUUCCGAAAAUUGUUAAAAUUUUAAUUUGGUAAAUCUAUGUACGUUUGAGUAUUUGUUGACGUAUUUUUACCUUCAAUUACACUUGGUAUGUUGAGAUACAUAUGAAUUCAUGUCAAUUGUAGUUUACUUUGUAAUUAGACUAACAUUCCGUGUGAUAAAUAUUACGUCUUGAGGUAUGGAAAGAAAAAAAUAUAAUAUGAAUCUUACACCGCUA